AUGACCCCUAUCCACACUAUGAUAAUUUUCCCACUCCCAUUUUUCGGAUCGUAUGAGUCGUGGAAUCUGAACAAGAGUCUCUGUGCUGAUCGCUACUCCCGGUAUGGUGCAUAUGGUUACCUCGGGGGGAACGAAACCACUCUCCAUAGUUGGAAUGGAACAUUCGGUUCCAACGAGGCUGCCGAAAUAGACUGGGAACAGGUGGACUGGGCCCAUUUGCAAUACGAAUGCCUGCAGCGCAAUAGUGUUCGAUAUCACACUCAACCAUCCGAAGGGAAGAUAUUCGCUCUGUACAAGUCACUGGAUUCGGAUGUGCAGCCUCGCGAGCCUUUGAACAGAACUGACAAGACGCAGCCCCGGACAGCUGUUAUACUACGCUCUUGGAUCGGAAUGAAAUAUACCGAGAACGACUUGUACCACAUUCGAUCUAUGCUGAUGGAGUUGUCCCUCUAUUCAGGUGCAGAAUAUGAGCUUAUUCUUCUGAUUGACUCCCAAGGCAAAAAAUUACCCAAAAAGGAUGAUCACGCCGCCUGGAAGGCAUUCAAUGCGAAGCAUUUGCCACAGGAGCUGCGCAGCCUGGCGGUAUGGUUUAAUGCGGAUAUGUUGAAGGAUUGGUAUCCUGGGAUUGAGGUUCAUGUAGCGAUAUUACAGUACUUCCAGCCCACGCAGAUCUUCUCACGACUACACCCUCAGUACGAGUACGUCUGGCAAUUCGAGAUGGACUCGCGAUAUACCGGCCAUAUGUACGACCUUUUGCACAAGGCAACCGAGUUUGCGAAACAGCAGCCACGGAAGUAUCUGUGGGAGCGUAACUCUCACUUCUAUAUCCCUGCUGUCCAUGGCACCUGGGAAGAGUUCAUGAAGAAGGUGGAUCAGGAAAUGCCCGGCCAUGACAACAGCAGUGUUUGGGGUCCUCCAGAUGAACCAGGCAGCUGGGGUGUGGGUGAAGAAGCCGAUCUGAUCACCUGGCUGCCCCAUUUUAACCCAGUUGGGACGGACUGGCCUUUCCGUGACCGUGUCUUCAAUUUCCCUCAGGAUCAAGAGACUCCGCGCUGGGCAGCUGUUGUGGCAAUGUCUCGCAUCUCGGCGCGACUACUCGGCCUGUUGCAUAAGGAUAAGGUCAAAUCGGGGGUUGGGCUCGCAUCCGAAAUGUCCCCUAUAUCCUGGGCUUUGUACUAUGGUUUGAAGGCUGUCCAGAUCCCUCAGCCUGUGUACCAUGACGCCAAAUGGGACCCCGAGGAAUUGAACCGCCGCGCCAACCCGGGUGAGCCUGGCCAGGUCAACGCUGGUUUUAACAGCAUCUGGAGCUGGGGGCAACAUGAUGAUAUUAUGUACAACACAACGUUUAUGUUCAACUCCGAAUUUUUGGAGAAACUGUACAGGGCCUGGUUAGGCUAUGAUGGCGCCAAAGAGUGGGAGAAGGAAAACCCUCCACUCUGUCUGCCUCCUAUCUUUUUACAUCCAGUUAAGAAUCUCGAGUGA